AGUCUUGGUGUUAAGAAAAAGAGUGGAUCAAGCAUUAAUCUCGAUAUCCACCAUUCUAAAGUUUUCAGCUCAGAUCUGUUACUGUUCAGGCCUUGGUAUCUUAACGAAUAUCUUAAUAAAAACAGAUUUCUAUUCACAUGCAUUCCUUUGAUCUUGCAGAAUACAUUCUAUAGACAUGCAGAUAAAAAGGUUACCUAGUGUGCAAUAAUUUACCAUUGUCCAUUCGUACAUUGAUUGUUUCCCAGUUUCAAAAAACUGACAAAAAACUUAUUCCAAAUGUUGUUGUUGUCCGAAUCGAACUUUUACAGGAAAGUCUUAUUAAGGAAGUCUUGAUACAGGUUCCUGUGAUUUUAUGAUAUCUGUGUCAUGUGUUUACAGAAUAUUAUUUUUAUCCGCCAACACAGAUGGAAAAGGAGCAAUAAUAUGUUCUUCUCGGAGAGAGAUGCGGUAAGGGUGAUCAUUGAUUCACCAAUCUUGCAUCACAAGGUCACAGAGACGGAUGAAGACGGAAAAGAGGAAACACAAAUCGAUGAUCCUGGCGACGUUCAUUUUGAUUACGAUAAAGAAAAGAAUGAAAAAAAUAAACUGAGACUCGUUUUUAAGGCAGCAAGAGAUGGCAACGUUUCUUUUUUCACCCAAAAUGCUCUCGGAAAAGUCAAACAUCUAGUUAACAGCAAGGAUGAUGUUGGAAAUACUCCCCUACAUUAUGCUGCCAGGAACAGUGAUUUUGAAAUGGUGAAAACUCUAAUAAGUUUGAAAAGUGAUCCCGAAACAACUGGUCAAAACAAAAUGACUCCAGCACAUUUUGCAGCCAGGUAUGGUAAAAUUGAUGAUGAGGAAGAAACUGAAGACAUGAGUGGUGUUGUUCUGAGAGGGCAGAGCAAAGAGAUGAAAGAAAAUACUUGGGAAACCAUCAAGUUUCUCCUCAUUCAUUCCAAAUAUAGAGAUGUUAAGGAUAAAUAUGGUUUCACCAUAUUGCAUCAUGCUGUCUACAGAGGGAAUCUACAUCUCGUAAAGAAGCUGAAAACCUUAGAUGAUCUUAAAGUUGGAAACAUCAAAAUUGACAGUAAAGAUGAACAAAAAAACACUUGUUUACAUCUUUCAGCAGUUCAUGGACAUGAUCAUAUUCUGAAGUUCCUGCUGGAUAAUUCUAAGCUGAAUUUAAAAGCAUUCAAUAGGGAACAAAUGACAGCUCUACACUUUGCUUGCAAGGGUGAAACACAAUGUGUUAAAGUUCUUUUAGAUCAUCCCUCUGCCACAGAUGUUAUAAAUUUCGGUGACAAAGCAGAGAGAACGCCACUAUUCCUUGCUGUGGCCAGUGGAAAGCUUGACAUUGUUAAGUUAUUGCUGGAUCAUGGAGCGUCACUUGCAAUUACCAAUAAGUUUGGAGAAUCCCCACUUCACUUUUGUGCCAGAUAUGGACAUGCAGAUAUUAUGAAGUUACUGACUGCUGAACUAGCUAAGGACAGCAACCUUCAGUACAAAGACUUACAAAGUGGGAAUUUGACAGACCAAGUUGAUGGUAAGAAGAAAACGAAAAAGAAAUGGGAACUAGUAUUGCGACAGUCUACUGUUGUAAAAAAAAUUAUAAAGAUAAUUGACGAACAAGACAAAAUGUUACGAUCACCUUUCUACCUAGCGUCAAAACACAAUCACAAAAACGUUGUAGAUGUUUUAAAGCAAAGCGGGGCAAAUAUUUCACUGGCGGAUCACCACAACAAAACUCCCUUGAUGAUUGCCUUGCUCAGUGGUCAUCAGGAGAUUUCAAGUAUGCUACUAAAACUCUACAGCGUCAAUGAAUUGAAGAUUAUAGACAAUGACGGCAGAAAUAUCAUGCAUUACGCGAUUCAAGCGGAAUGUUCCGACGGACUUAAGGAAGUAAUCAAAAUACUUCAAAGAAGAAGACUUUUGCGAAGAAUGUUGUUGGAUCGCGACUUUAAAGGAAACUGCCCUCUUCAUUUAGCAGCACAAACAGGAUCUCUUGGACAAGAUUUUAGGGAGCUGCUAAAGAACUACUCUACAAUAAAUUACAACAUGAAAAAUGAUGCAGGUUACACACCUCUUCAUCUUGCUGUAAUUCAUGGACAUCAAUUUGUUGUUAAAUGCUUUCUCGAUAAAGAACUUAACUCUAGUAGUGAUCUUCGUCUCCUUCAGGAAAAAGACGUGGAUUCCAAUACUUUACUACAUCUAGCGACCAAGACGGGAACUAAUCUGAAACCGGGUAUUGUAGAACUUCUGCUUAAGCGUGGUCUAAGCAUACGUUGUGCAGCCAGCUCUGGAAAUAUUGAAUGUCUAAAGCUAGUGCUCGGUUACUGCAAGAACUAUGUGGAUACUGAGGACAAUAAUAAGACAACCCCUUUACACCUGGCAGCAAAAAAUGGGUUUUGCGAGGUGUACAACACACUGGUGCAACACGGUGCUGACAUUGCCCUCAAAGAUUACAAGGACAGAAAUGUUCUAGAACUUGCUAUAGAAAAAAAUCAAAAAGAGAUGGUGCUAAAUAUUCUGCAAAGUAAGGAAUGGAAGUAUGUAAUGCGAAGCUGCAGAAUAGUUGAGUAUAAGAUUGCUGAAGGCUUCCGUUAUUCUAAGGAUAUUCUAGACACGCCUAUGAGACUUCUUAUUAGAAAGUAUCCAGACCUAGCUGAAGUUGCUCUUGAUAGAUGCUACCAGGUCAAGCAAGAAGAUGAAGUUUUACAAAUGAACUUCGAGUUUAUUGAAGAUACUUACAACUACAGAGAUAGAACUAAUUCGGGACCUAUUUGGCAUACAAAGAAAAGACCUACAUAUGAACACUUUUCAAAGGUAAACAACAAUAAUGCUGAUGAUGGGUUUGAUAAACCAUACUCAACAGAUCACAGUGCAGUCAUGUGGAACCAUCCACUAAUGGUCAUGUCAAGAGAGAAUAAAAGGGACUUGCUAAGGCAUCCUUUAUGUUUGUCUCUGAUCAGAUACAAGUGGUUUAAAGUGGGAAGGAAGCUUUACUACUUCAACCUUCUAUUCUAUAUAUCAUUUCUCGCAACUUUAACAGCCUACACGCUAACCAUUCCAAACCCUGCAGAAUAUCCAGAAUUCUAUGAUUGUUCGGAGUACUUUCUAAGAGCAAACAGGACCCAGUUGAUUUCUAACAGAACUUUGGAAGAAGAGGAGCGAAGAGAUGAUAUAAAUAAUGUAUCAUGGCUCUUAUUGGUGGUGUUUUUUACCUUUAGAGCCCUUCAGUUCUUCUUUUUACAAGAAUAUAAAGACUUCUUUAAGUUUGUGAAUGGCCUGAGAGUUCAUGAAUUAAGAAUUCCAUAUGCAGCAUGUCUUGAUUUCUUUAUUUUUACUGUAACCAUCUACACACUUAUAGAAGAUCGUUAUGAGUACAAAUGGAUUGAACUUCAUCCUAACGUGGAUCUUAGACAGUGCAAGGUGUAUGCAAUGAACUCCGUGCUCAUCACGAUUGCUUGGCUUAAUUUGUUGACUUACAUGCGACAGCUUCCAGUAAUCGGAAGCUACAUAAUCAUCUUCCAUGAUGUUCUCAGAACUUUUAUGUCCUUUAUACUGGUCUUUCUCAUAUUCGUAAUAGCCUUUGCUCUUGGCUUUCAUAUGCUGUUUGAAUAUCAGGAACCGUUCCAUAAUGUUUCUGAUGCACUCAUAAAAACGGUGGUAAUGAUGUCCGGAGAGUUUGAUUAUGAAAAUAUCUUUCUUCGGAAGAAUGACGGAAAUGGACCAGUUCCUUUUCCGGAAAUAUCCUACGCAGUGUUUGUGGUGUUUUUUGUUUUGUUGUCUAUAAUCACACUAAACCUACUAAUUGGCCUAACAGUGGACGAUAUAAAAACCUUUCUGGAUGAUGCAGAUUUAGAGAAGAUUAAAAUGAAGUUGGAGUAUGUGCUAGAGAUAGAGAAAAGUUGGGGGUUGUCUUGGUUGACAUUAUUUAAGAUUCGCCAACAAUAUCUGACGAGAUCUAAGUCUUUCUUUAACAUGGAUGAUGUUGUUUCCAAAAAUCGGAUAUGGGAGAGAGUUAUUUCACAGGAUAUAAAAACUAUAAAAAAGGAAAACCUUGAAGUUUUACUAGAGGAUCAAAAACAGCUCAAACUUCAGCUAAACAAAAUAGAAAAUCUGCUUGGGAACCUCUGUGCGGUGCAACAGACUGUACCCUUGAACAUAAAAUCAAAAUGUCCAACAUCCUUGAAAACUUGAUUUUUAAGUACUUGUAUCUUAUUUGUUAUAGUUUUUUUUAAAGAAU